AUGCUUUCAGCUUUUCCAGGAUGGGGCAAGGAUGGUGCAGAGGCACAUGAGAGGGUGACUCCAGAGAUGUGGUGUGUCACCGAAGAGGACCUGAAGUUCUUGCGCAACGAGAUUAAGCACGCGGUCCGAGCAGGGAACAUCAGACCAACUGAGCGGGAUGAUUUUGACCCGGAAGAUGACACCAUCGGCCCCAACAUGUACAACGUCGUCGACAACUACAUCAAGCCGCUGUGCCAACAGGCUGGGAACUCCAGUUGGGCACUCCUGCGAAACCCAGAUGGCCUCAGGUGCGAUCUCUUCAUCACGCACGGGUGGGCGGAGGGUGUCUAUGAGUUCAUCGACAAGGUUCUGGCCUCGUGGCCACACGGCGCCACUGCAGCGUGGUGCUGCGUGCUGGCUAAUCCUCAGAACUUGAACAUAGGUCGGAUGCUUGAGACUCCCCAAAGCUCACCGUUCGCAACGGCUUUGAAGGCUGCGCGUUCGGUCAUGGUGGUGGGAAACAGGACGGGCAGCAUUUACGCCCGGAUCUGGUGCACCUAUGAGGCCUACCUAGCUUUCAUGUGGGACAAGCCUAUCUUCACGGCACAUCCACCCAGGAGGGGGUGGGUGCGAGCGGUGCACGCAAUGACGAUGGAAGCAGGCAUCAAGUGGCUGGAGGGCAUGUUCCAAGCAAGCAGUGGGCUUGAUUUUGAGACGGCCCGGUCCGUGGUAAUUGGCUUCAGUUCCCCUGUGUUUGUGCUGUCCUACCUGACCAGCCGCCUGUACCGUUGGUCACAAAAGAGGAGCGAGUGCAAUGAUUUGGGCCAGGGCUUUAUUUCCAUCUUGCAUGCUGAAGCUAGUGAUCCCCAGGACAAGCAAAACAUUCUUCAGGACAUCGGCAGCAGCACAGAAGAUGUUGACGACUUCAUCCGAUUACUGUUGCAGACUACAGUGGUUACCCCAGACACCAAGCAAGCCAAAGCGCUAGGAGUGCGAUUCUCCGGCGUGGCGGACUGGAGCCUGCCUCUGCUUGUGGCCGUGUACUGGCACCUGGUAUGGCCCACACAGCUCUUCUCCGGUGAAGAUGUGGAUUGCAACUUGAGCAUGAUUUGCUUCAUUGCUUGCUCCAUAGCCUGGAUGACGUCAGACUUCUUCCACAAAGCCUUCAUCCGCUCGGUGCUGACAAAGCUCGGGAUCUUCCUCCUGAUCCUGCAUGCCCUGAUGCUUGUUCCCGGAGUUUUCGAAUUUGACAUCGUGACCAAUGCCGGCACCACCGCUCUGGAACAAGUUGUGGUCCACAUCGUGGGAGUCUUUGCAACAGCUUGCUGCCUCCUAGGAGUCCGUGGUUUGGCCCGCAUUCCUAGAUUGGGCUGCUCCAUGGCCAGCCUCUUGACCCCCGGGGCCCCGGACUUCUCUUCUUGGAUGCCGGCAUGUCGGUGCUUAAGCUGCCUCUCUUCACGAUGCCAAGACCACUGCCUGUUCUCUUCUUGGAAGGUGGUGGUAUGUCACCCGAAGGAGGUGGUAUGUCACCCACGUUGCUUGAGCCGCUGCCUGGGCUGGAUGAGAUCGUGCUGGCGCGGACGGACGUCUGAAAUUCAAAAUGCUCUGAGCUUUGGCCGGUCCUCGACAUCAGACAGUUUGAUAGAUGGUUGCCUGGCUGACCCCCACAGUUUCUCAGAGCUAAUUUAA